AUGAAGGCCUUCAACCUCCAAAAUCCCGAUAGCCUUGGUCAUCUGAGUACGGGUAACGGCUUUGUCCCUAACUUGAAAUGGAGCUCUUCCGACUCUAAAACGCGGCUCUUCCUAGCUGGCUGGGUGCGCGGGCAAGUCAUCCAGGAUCUACUCCAGAGUCAUGACAUCUCCGGCGCACAACAGCAUCUAAAAAAGCGCGCCAUCUGGGAGCUAUACUGGCAUCGCGUGGUGAGAACCCCCUAUUCACCUCAUUCUAGCGGAAUGGGUUUCCUAUACGCCGGUUCCCUCCUACUCUCCGGAGUAGAUGAGAAUGGCCAGUCCACGACCGAAAAGCUGGAGACAGAUGACAUAUGGUACUUCCCGAAGGGUGUCGCGCAUAAUGUGCAAGGUCUAGAUGACGAGAAUGAAUACCUUCUAGUCUUUGAUGACGGUGGCUUUGAAAAGGUCGGUACAACAUUCAUGGUCGAUGACUGGAUAACCCACACACGACUCGACAUUCUUGCGAAAAUCUUAGGCGUUGAUCCUUCGGUCUUCGACAAGGUGCCGGAGAAUUCAUACGUGUAUCACACAUACAAACAUCCUUCGGAGCCUGUCCCUGGAAGUGGUGGUACGUUCAGGAAGAUUGACUCGAGAAAUAUCCCCGUCAGCCAGACUAUAGCUGCUGCGCUGGUGGAGCUUGAGCCGAAAGGACUGAGGGAGUUGCAUUGGCUUCCGAAUGCGGAAGAAUGGCUUUACUUACAUCAGGGUAAUGCGCGUGCUACUGUCUUUUUAGGGGAUUCAGAGGCUCGCACUUUUGGCUUUACCGCUGGUGAUACCGCUGUCGAGAUCUACAAGAGUGACAGGGUCGCAGAUAUCUCGUUGGCACAAUGGCUUGCUCUUACUCCCGCCGAUGUCGUGGCCACUACCUUGAAAGUCGAUAUCUAA